AUGCUUCGAAUUAAAUCUAGCUUGGAUUCCAUCGACAAUCGACGACAAUUGCACGAGUAUGUACCACUCAAACAAGUGAGUGUCGACGCAACUAUAAAAUCUUUCGCCGCCGAUGUAACUAUUAAACAAGUAUUUCGCAACGAUGAGACAAUACCAAUUGAAACAGUUUACUGUUUUCCAAUUGAAGAACAAGCAGCUGUCUAUGGAUUUGUAGCACACAUCGAUGAUCGAGAAAUUAUUGCACAGUUGAAAGAAAAGACUGAAGCUCAGAAGGAAUACACCGAUGCUCUUCGACAAGGUCAUGGUGCCUAUUUACUCGAACAAGAUGAAAAGUCACAAGACAAUUUUAUCAUUAAUGUGGGUGCUCUUCUACCUGGAAAAGAAUGCUGCAUAACAAUCUCAUAUGUCUCUGAACUGGAUCUGAUUCAAAAUGGUCGAACGAUUCGGUUCGUUGUUCCGACCACUAUUGCUCCACGUUACAAUCCGAAUCAAGGUGAUAUCAGCUCUCCUGCUGGAACCACAUCUAAAUAUGUUCAAUCGAGUCCCUACACCAUCGAAUUUCACUGUCAAGUGGAUAAAAUCGGAGUUUCACGAAUUAGUUCAUCAUCUCAUUCGAUUCAAGUUGAUGUUGGACAACAAAAUGUUUAUGUUAUUGAAUUUGCUCAACAAAAUACUCAUUUAGAUCGAGAUAUUCUUCUAGAUAUUGACUUAUCUGAAAAUCGAUCGAAUACCAUUGUUGCUAUUGAGCCCGGUGCUGUUAUGGCUUCGUUCAUGCCAACUGAUGAGGAUUGUCGACGUGCAAUGAACAAUGCAACAAUAACCAAUGAAUUUAUGUUUAUUAUCGAUUGCAGUGGAUCAAUGAGCAGUGAGAGCAAGAUUGAAUUGGCACAUCAAGCGAUGAUUCUCUUUCUCAAAAGUCUUCCAGUUCAUUGCCAUUUUAACAUUAUUCGAUUUGGAAGUAAUUAUCAAACAUUAUUUAACGAGAUCACGGCUAUGUAUGAUGAAGAAAAUGCUCGAAAAGCCGAACAAUUAAUUAAUACAAUGCGAGCAGAUAUGGGUGGUACUGAGUUGUUGAAACCAUUUGAAUGGUUACAAAAAUAUCCACCAGAACAAAGUCGAGCUCGACAAAUCUUUCUUCUAACUGACGGUGAGAUUUCUAAUGUCAGUGAAGUAUUGGAUCUCUGUCGUUCAAUGUCAACAUUUGCCCGAAUUUUUUCCUUUGGUUUGGGUGAUUCACCAAGUCGUUCACUUGUCAAAGGUCUUGCACGAACAACCAAUGGUCAUUUCGUUUUCAUUCCACCUAAGAGCAGUGUCGAUGUUUAUGUUGGUGAACAAUUACAAAAGGCUCUACAAUCUUGCAUUACUAAUAUUCAAGUUAAAUGA